AUGCACACGCUCUAUGUCAACCACAUCAACGAGAAGAUUGCCCGAAAUAAGCUUGCACGUGUUCUUCGACGCCUCUUUGGACGCUACGGUAAUGUCGUGCAGGUGACGUGCCAUACGAACUUGAAGAUGAAGGGCCAGGCGUUUGUCACUUUCCAAGACGCCCAUUCUUCCGAAAAGGCCAUGGCCAAGCUUCAAAAUUAUCCGCUAUUCAAGCAGCCAAUUACAAUUGCCCCGGCGAAAUCUGAAUCAGACGAGAUUUUACUACAGAUGGGUAAAAAGGAUCUUGUGGAGGAAAGGAAGAGAGAGAAGGAAAGGAGGAACAAGGAGCGGGAAGAAGCCGUCGAGAAAACGAAAACUACAUCGACAGCUUCCUCGGCAAAACUCACAAAGUCCCAGGUCAAGUACUGGAAGUCGUUGCCCCCACACAGCGUGCUUCUUAUACAGAAUUUGCAAGACGAGAAUCUACCUAUGUUGGAGACGAUGUUCUCCAAUUUUACUUCUUUUGAGACAGUGAGGGCUAUUCCCUCAAGAAAACUCGCCUUCAUCAAUUUUGAAAAUGAAGACGGCGCCACUGCCUGUCUUGAAAAGUUCGAUACUUCUAAGCUAGGGCCCGACGUGCUCUUGACGUACGCUAAGCGCUAA